ACUGGGCUGGCACACCCUCGGCACCGUCACUGCAGGAGAUAGGAGGAUUGGAGGAUUGGUCCGUUUCCUGUCCUGAUCCUCCGCCUAGCCUCGAUUUGGCCGGACAGAGGAGGAAAAACACUUUGGGGAUUUCUAGAACAAAAGCUUCAACGGCUCAGAGUGAAGACUUUAGUGCCGAGGACUCGCGCGGCUGUGAAUGAGGAUUAAAAGUGAUAGUUCUUGCACAACCCAUAGGAAUGUCUCAGGUUGUUGCCUUGCAAAAGAACAGGCUGCCCAACUAAGGAUGAUCCUGGUGGAGAACGGCAUGUUUCUGAAGUAUACUGAGUAAUCAUACUUCAACAGCCCUGAUGGAAAUGCACAGUCACCAUGUUAGGGUUACCUCUCCUAGAGGAUCAUUGGUGAAGAAAGGACAAGAGAAAAAGUUUGGUAGUCCACACCAGCUCAAGUCCCCAAGUCAUCCCAACACAAAUGGAAAAGCACACACAAGCCCUUUGUAUCACAAGGUGAAAAUGACCAACGGCAGCACAAAUGGAAGCAGUUCAGCGAGCUUCAGUACCAACAGUAACUCAGUGGUAUGUCUUCCUUUAGUAUCAGAGGGGCUAAAGCUUGUGUGGACCCAGUCAGAUCAGACAAAGGAGCUGGACACAAUACCCGAGCUGGUACAGGCCUUUAAUGUUUUCCCUUACCCAACAUCCCAAGAAGUGAGCACACUAGCUCACGUUUGUGGACUUCCACUGGAUAAAGUCAAAGUCUGGUUUAUGGUGCAGCGUAUAAAGUAUGGAAUCAGUUGGGCUUCUGAAGACAUUGAAGAGACACGCUGUAAGCUGGCAGGACCAGAACAUAUGAGUGAAGUUGUACAUGAAGAAAGUAAAAAGAGGAAGAAAUCUGAAUGUGAUGACUUGGUGGAGGUGGGGCAGAAAGAUCAUACAGUGGAUUCUAUGAAUUGCAAAAAACAAAAACAGGAACCCCAAGAAUUGGUUAUGGUCUCUCCUUCUGCUACACCUCAUUCUCCUCAACAGAACUCUGGUAUUAACAGCCAUCAUGUGGACAACACUCCUACAACGCCAUCGACAGCCUCACCUAGUUCCCUGGAUUCCUCUUUUGGAUCUCAACAAAAGCAGGGACGAUACAAAAAAUCUAAAGCUCAGCUCACAGCUUUGCGCAAAAGCUUCCUGCAAGAGAACUGGCCUGAUGAGACAGAGCUUAGACGCCUGCAAGAAGAGACAUGUCUGAGUCGCAACGAGAUACGGAAAUGGUUUAGCGACAGUCGCUACCAGCUACGAACUGGCCGAGGGAUGCCGGGCUUAACAUCUGCUGUUUCUCAAGGAGAGCAUCCACCUGAAUCUCCGCAGCUCCAGCCUCUGUCUCUCGUCAUUGAAAAGCAACAAAGUAGUGUUAGUCCAAAAGGAGGAGCUCGCAGUAAGAGAGUGCAGAAAAGCAGCUCACGUAAUUCCCAUUUUUUUCAGAUUUUUUUAUCAAACACACUUGAGGCAUUUGGAGAAGGAGAGGCAGAACAAAGCAAGACAGAGGAAGCAAAAGAAGAAGAUGAUCUUCAACAUAAUGAUGAAGAAGUGGGAAGUGAACAUGAAAGUGAGGCCCAUGAGGCCGAAGCACUGUCAGAGGCAUCAGUGUCCACUUCGUCCUCUCUCUGCAUCACCUCUCAAUCGGCCAGUUCUUUAAAGAAGUCUCCACAUGUUGCAAAAGCUUCUGGACGUGUGAGAAAAAGCAAAGAGCAACUGGAUAUUCUAAAGGAAUACUUUCUGUGUUCCCCAUGGCCAAAGAGUGAGGAGUAUACACAGCUGGUUGAACGAACAGCCUUGCCCCGAGCUGAUAUUAUUCAGUGGUUUGGUGACACUCGGUAUGCUGUAAAAAAUGGGCAGUUACGCUGGGUGCGUGGAAUUGUCCGUGACCAUAUACUCGCCGAGAUUGCACUACUACAAAAUGGAAGUGGUGGAGCUGAUGCCAGCAACUCCACGGGAACCCCUAAGAGUGAAGGGAACCGCAAACGCAAAUCUCAGUCAAACUCAAAAGUACCAAAGUUAACAUCAAACACUUUAGACACGCAUCCUUUAGAACUGUAUCAUCAGCAGACAGGUGCAUUGCAGGAGAAGGACCUGGAUGCCCUGUGCAGAAAGUCAAAGAUGAGCUAUCAGCAGGUGCGAGACUGGUUUGCAUCCAAGGACAGUGAAACUCACAAUAGUACUGAUGACUAAAAUGCAAAGGCCGAUACCGGUGGUUUGAUUUUAGUUUGUACCUACUGUAUUGUCUAGACUAGGCAAUACUUUGGGGGGAAUUGACAUUUCCUUUCCUAGCCCUUUUCUUUCCUGCUUCUUUUUAUGUUUUCCAUGUGUCUCAGUAAUCCCCUCUGUCUCUAAAUACUGUCCUUGACACUCACUACACUGAUCACCUUUUUGUGUUUUGUUGUAAUUUUGUUUUCCCUAGAGCCAAACUAUAACUUGCUUCAACAGUAACUUAUAUUAGAAAUAUAUGCAAAAUGUUAUUCCUUUUAUAGGUAUGGUAGUAUUUGUAAAUGAUUUUGUAGAGAACACUGAAGGGCCAUAUUGUGUAAAAGUGCUAGAUGGCUUAUUUAACACUGGCUGCCCAUUCAGUCACAAAAUAAAUCUGACUAAACAAAAAAUCCAGUCAUCUCUCUCAACUUGCACUUGAACAUUGAGUAUCGGAGUUUACAAUGUUCAAGUAUUUCCUUUCAAAACUACCAGUGUGUAAUAGUUCACUUACUUUGAAACAUUUUUGUAUGAUACACUUCAGUCUAUUUAUCGUAUAUAAAUGACUGGCGCAAGCUAGAUCAAUGUCGAACACUGGAAAUGCAACCAGAAACAAGACAGGAGGCAAGUGGCAGCCAAUAGAUCUCUACCAAAGUUGACAACAGCAGACCUUUAAAGGAGCUACAUGCGUCAGUCACUGUUGUUGAUAAAAACUGGUAAUAGUUUUAGUUGUUGGUAGUUUCACAUUUGAAAUCUUUUUGGUUUGUACACUCGCUUGUAACCCAUUUGUAACCACUAUGUUUAUGUUUUGACUUGGGCUCAACUUUGAAAAGCUGAAAUGUUGGGAAAAACAUAACACAGUGUUUACUUACAUGUUGCCAGCCUAUUUUUGAAUAUCAUUAAAAUUAAAUAUAAAACUUACAUGUAGCACCUUUUUAAGUGAACAGCUGGUAUACAUUUUGUUCCAGUUUAGAGUAAUUCAGCAUUUGUGUUGUAAGCCAUAUCUUAGAAUGUGCCUUAGAAUGUAUAUUUUUUUUCUUCUUCCAAGAACAGAUUCAUUUAUAAGUAUUAAAAGGAAAUUCCAAUAGUUUUCAACAUUUCUGCAUUAUUAAAUUAAGAUAUAAAAAAACGUCAUAUAGAGUGGUUUGAUGUGAAAUUUAAAGAAACUUACUGAUUCUGAAUUAGUGAUGGGAAGCAGUCCUCUGAAGAGUUUAAGGGUUAUGAAUAAUGCUGAAAUGCUCAGUUUUUGGCCUAAAACGUACUUAUUUAUUUUUUGGUUUGUUAUACAUGCACAGCAUUGUUAGGCCCAAUCUCCACAAAGCAAAAAAUGCUUUGUACACUCUACAAUCCCUGGUUCCUUUCACCACUCUUGUACUAAAUCACAUCAAAACACUCUGAAUUUCACACUGAGUUUAUAUCUCAAUGAUUGAAAGCCUGGAAUUCCCUCUUGUGUUAAAGUGUCAUUUAGAUCUUAUUUUUGUUUAUAUUACUUACUGUUUUUAGUAAUAUACUGUCCAAGGCUGUUUAAGAAUAUGAGGCAGACAAUUUUUGUCUCUGGACUGUAUUCAGAUACGUUAACAUACUGGCUCUAAUGGAAACCACUGGAUUGAAUGCUUCAUAAAAUAAAAAUAUUUUGUUUGUUGAA